AAUAAAUGUAUUAAAAUUGCCUUAAAAUGCGAGAAAAUUUAAUGUCGUUGAAUAGGGGCGUGCCUCGUAUGCGGCACUUCUUCCAAAAUGGCGGCGAUUUCAAGAGAGAAGCUUCCACUGUACUUGAAUGAGAGACAUGGCGAUACGAGACAACCCAACAGUCUGAAGUGGGCCAUUAUGCUGGUAUCUGGUGUUCUAAUCUACGGGUCUCACUCUGUACUACUGAACCUGUGUAAGGUGGAUGGCAAGAUUCCCUUCAACUCAGCAUCAGUUGUUCUGAUGAUAGAACUGACAAAGCUGUUGUUCUCAUUAACAAUGCGUCGUCUGGAGCUGGGUAUAAGAGUUGGCAGCGGCAGGCUGGGGUUACCCAGGUUGAAGUACUGGGUCCCGUUUAGUGUCCCUGCCCUACUGUACUGUAUCAACAAUAACAUCGUGGUGCACAUACAGCUAUAUAUGGACCCCGCCAGCUUUCAGGUAUUGAGUAACUUGAAAAUAGCUGCAACAGCUGUACUAUACAGAAUGGUCAUGAGAAGGAGGCUCUCCUGGAUACAGUGGUUGGCCCUAGCACUGCUUACCCUAGCAGGGGUUAGUAACAGCUAUGGUGGCCUGAUGAAUUCUGGCAGUGUUGAUGACUACUCCUCAUCAAGUAAAGUUCAUGUCACCAUGUGGGGUCUUGUGCUUGUCCUGACUUACUGUGCAAUAUCUGGUGCAUCAGGCGUUUAUACAGAGUUCAUUUUGAAAAGACAACCACAGCUGUCUCUACAUGUUCAGAACAUCUUGUUGUACAUCUUUGGAGCUGUCCUGAAUUUGCUCGUUUUCCUGGUCAGCAGUUGGUCAAGCACGGAUGGAACAGCAGAUUUCUUCGCUGGUUAUACAUUGAUAACGUGGGUGAUCAUCCUGACACAGGCAGGAAAUGGCUUGAUCAUCUCAGCAGUGAUGAAACAUGCCAGUAACAUCACCAGACUGUUCAUCAUCUCCUGUGCCAUGCUGGUCACUACUGUAGCCUCCAUGGUGCUCUUCUCUCUGGAGCUCAACCUGUACUUCUGCUUCUCUUUCAUGUUAGUGAUAGUUGCCAUGGUACUGUACCAUAGGAAAUAAGCAUAAAAUAGAUACAUGAUUUGGGAUAAGUAUUCAGCACAAUACUGAGGCAACCACAGGGAAGGCAGUACUUAAUGUACUUAUUUCUCUGAAGCUGAAAAGCUGAGCUCUGCUUUUAUUCUUUUAUCAUAUCUUAGGAAAUUAUAGAUGUAGAUGUAGCAUGUAAUCACACAUGUACAUGUAUAUAUAUUUUUAACAUGGAGAGAACUUACAUACAUGUAUAACUUGCACGGAACAAGAAACCUUUUACAGUGUAAUAAUAAAUGUGUGCAUGUUGCAAUACAGCUACCGCUGUGACACACCAAUAACCCAUUUAUUUAUUCACACCUAUUUUAUGCAAAGUGCAAUGUAGUAGUUAGCAGUUUCUACUUGUAACAUGGCAAUCAUGUGUCAAGUGCAAGAAAAUGCGUUUUUUAAGCUUAUUUUUCAGGGAAGCCAUACUAGAAUUAGUCAUGGACAAACAACGUACAGGAAUAUGUACAACUAUGUAUUAUACAUUUAUGUCCAAUACAUUCAUGUUUU